AUGUCGACACCUACCGAGGAACAUGAAAAGUUUCAGCUGCAGGAGCAGCGCAAUGGCAAACACCCCGAAUCCGACGAGGUAUUCCCCAGCUCCGACGAUGGAACAUACGUCCCCGAGAAUCAACCUGAGCGCCGCAAUGACCGCCUUCGUGUCGAUACCUCGUAUUCCGACGAGCACGGGGGCUCAUUGAUGGGGACUCCAUCCGCACGUCGGGAGGAGUCAACCCGGCUAGAGGAUGACUUGAUGCUGCUGCAGGCUGAGCGGGUGGCUUCCCGCUCGACGCAGGCCGAUCACGGCGACGGAGAACGAGCGUCCAUGAGUCGAUCUCGCUCGCGCCGAGAGGAGCUGGUGGACGACUUCCUCGAGGCCACCAACCCCAUUCACGAGAAGACCACCGUGUACCGGCCCCCCGAGACCCCCAAUACCCGACUCUCCCAAUUCGUGAAGCGCAUCCACGAGUCCAGCUUCAUUGUUCGAUAUCUCACCUACAUCGUCCCGGUGGCCCUGGUGUUGCUGAUUCCGUUGCUUGUGGGCGCCCUCCGGUUCAAAGAUGCCAAUGUGGGCGGUGUCCGGUUGAUGUGGUUUGCCAUCUGGUUGGAGAUUGUCUGGCUCACCCUCUGGGCUGGUCGAAUUGUGGCCAAGUGCAUCCCCCCCGUUGUCGGAGUGCUGGCCAGCAUCUUCACCAACAAUGCUAAAAAAUGGCGGGACCUGGCUUUGCAACUCGAGAUCCAUGCCGCGCUGUUCUUCUGGUGGCUGGGAGUGGAGAUUUCCUUCUUGCCGACCAUGAAGAACCACCACGUGUCCGGGGAUACGAACACCAAAAGCUGGGAAGUGACGGUCAACAAGAUCAUUAUCGUCAUUUUCGUGUGGACCAUCUUGAACCUGAUCGAGAAGCUGAUCAUCCAGCUCAUCGCUAUCAGCUUCCACCUGCGGACCUAUGCCGACCGGAUUGAGAUCAACAAGUUCCAGAUCGGCAGUCUCACGAAGUUGUAUGCCUGGUCGCGCGCCCGAAUCGAGGAGACCGAUGAUGCCUUUGCCGAGAAAGAAGACACCGUUCCGUCGGGGGCUCGCACUCCCCUACGAUACGCCGACAAGGCGCACAAGGUCGCCCGUGGCGCCCUGAACAAGGCUGGUAAUAAGGUCGCCGAUUUGGCCGGAGGGGUCGUGGCCGACUUUACGGGCCGCAAAGUCCGCACCAGCUCCGACCCGUACCAGGUGAUCCGCACGCUGCUGCGCACCACCUCGGGCUGCCAGGUGUUGGCCCGUCGUCUGUACCGGACUUUUGUGCGGGACGGGUUUGAAACGGUCUUCUCGGGUGAUCUCAAAGAGGCCUUUGACAAUGGCGACGAGGCCGAGGCCGCGUUCGCCAUGUUUGAUCGGGAUAUGAACGGCGAUAUCUCCAUGGAGGAGCUCGAGGCUGCCUGCGUGGAAAUUGGCCGCGAGCGCAAAUCCAUCACCGCAUCGCUGAAAGACAUUGAUUCCGUCGUCUCCAAGCUUGAUGAUAUCCUCAUGUUUUUCGUCAUCGUCAUCGUCCUCAUCGUCUUCCUGUCCCUCAUCUCCACCUCCACCGCGGGCGUGCUGACCUCUGCCGGAUCCAGUAUUCUGGCGCUGUCGUGGCUGUUCUCCGCGACUGCUCAGGAGUUCCUGCAGAGUCUGGUCUUUGUGUUUGUCAAACAUCCCUUCGAUGUGGGUGACCGAGUGACCAUCUACGGUAACACCGGUGACAACGGGCUGGGGGAUGACUACUUUAUCAAGAAAAUCUCCCUUCUCUACACCGAAGCCACCAAGAUGCAGGGACACGUGGUCCAGGCGCCCAACAGCUAUCUCAACGGCCUCUUCAUUCUCAACCAGCGUCGUUCUGGGCCGCUCGAGGCCGUCCCCGUGACCAUCAAGUACGGUACCUCCAUUCAGCAGAUGGAUGCGCUGCGCCAGCGUCUGUUGGAAUUCGUUCGCAGCGAGAAGCGCGAUUUCCAGGGCAACAUCUUGACCGAGCUGCGCACCGUCACGGAAAACUUCUCCGUCACACUCAACGUCGUCUUCUUCUACAAGUCCAACUGGCAAAAUGAGGGCCUCCGUCUGCAACGCCGCAACAAGUUCAUCUGCAUGCUCAUGACUGCCCUUCAGGAGAUUGGCAUCGAGGGCCCACGCAUGAACCUCCAGGGUGCGACCACCGACUUCCCCGUCCACAUCAACUAUGGUCAGCCCCCCAGCUAUGCACCUCCCGGCCGCACCCCCAGUGGACCAGACAACCUCCACUCGCUCGACGAGGCUGCUGGCACCCUGCCCGAGACCCAGAACUCCAGCUCGGCGGCCCGCCAGCAGUCGAUCCUGCGCAGGGGAUACACUGCCCGCCCCCGCGGAGGGUCCGUUUCGCGGAAACAUGUCGACUUCUCCCUCGGCAUGUCCAACAUGGCCUCCAACGAUCUCAUGGGCGACGUCUUUGAGGAUCGCCAGCCCCGCGUCGACGACGUUGUCCGUGCGUCCAACCGUGAGGCUCGUGAGCGACGGAUUCAGGAAGCCGUCGAGGAGGAGGAGGAAGAGCGUGCCAGUCACGGCUCCGGGUCUCGUCUGUCGCUCCGACACCGUCGUCCGUCCAAUUUGAGCGCCAUGUCGCAUGGACGCAAUUCGACCGAGGCCCCGAGUUUCGCCAGCGGCACCUCGACCCGGAAUCGCUUCUUCCGUCACCGGAGCAGUGUCAGCCACGAUCAGGAGGAUAUGAUGGAGCAAGGGCGCGUGGAUGGAUCUUCUCAGCAACCUACCAUCUCCAUUGCACAAGAUCCGCAAAGUCAUGAUCGGUCGCAGUAG